GAGUUCGCUUCUCUCUUACCACGGUCCCUCCCACCUUCGCCCCUUGUAAUCUUCAAACAGUUUCCACCUCCAGAAGUACCAUUUCUGAAGCACUUUAGAGAGUAGAGACAGCCACUCCUGUGCGGCUAUUCAAGCGAGAGGCGCUCCACCAAAGAGACACAAUCGGUUCUUCUAAAUCAUCAUCUAAAGGGCAACAUUCUUCCCUUCGCUCCUCUACAGAAACCGCGAUCAAAAGAGAAACCAGUUCUUGCUGUUGGUGGCACCAGCUCUCCCUCCCUCCUUCCCUCUCUCCGUCUCUCUCGGUCCCACAUUCCAGGAAGACCCAAGGAUGCCUUUAGCUUGGGUCGCAGCUGUGCUGAUGCUGUCUGUUCUAAGACAGAGCAAUGGAGACUCAGUCACCCAAACCAAAGGCAGCGUCCUGAUCUCCCGAGGAGAAUCUGUGGUUGUUAACUGCACCUAUGAGGCUGUUUCUCCCUCUCUCUUCUGGUACGUGCAGUUCCCCAACCAGCCCCCCAGGCUCUUCCUGAAGGACCUGGGAAGGGAGGACUCGGAUGAAGGGAUCACCAAAGGGUUCAAUGCCACCCAUGACAAAAAGCACAAAUCCUUCCACCUGUGGAAACCGUCCAGCGAACUGAGCGACUCCGCGACCUAUUACUGCGCCGCGAGAGACACAGUGACACGAAGCAGCAGGGGAGUUGGGCAAAAACCUCCCAGGGGCUGUGGCAGGAAUCGCAGGCUCCUAGGAGCGACUCCGGGUGGAGGGAGGAGGAAUUCUGUAGCUCAGGAAAGCUUGUGCUCAAAUAAAUUUGUUAGUCUCUAAGGUGCCACAAGUCCU